CACCUCAUAAUUACAAUAAAUUAAUUAUAAAUAAAACAAAACAAUUAUAAUAAUAAAAAUAAAUGCAACCCGCCGCCCGACGCAUCCCCAAGAAUAUUGUCGCCACCAGCGCCGUCAACAUCAGAUGCAAGAAGCACCCGAAGCACCGACAGUCCCCACGCGUGUGCUCCGCUUGUCUCCGCGAAAAGCUCAGCCAGCACCCCGCCGCGUCUUCCUCCUCCUCAUCGUCACUUCGCAAAUCAAAUGAGUAUGAUUUGGCUUCCACCUCCACCUCGUCGCUGUCUUCUUAUAGUUCCUCUUCGUCUUGCUCCUCCUCCACCUCACGUGCCUCCUCGCCACGUCAGCGGUGCGGGGAGCGAGGCGGCAGUGAUAGGAACGAAAGAGGAGGAGGGAUCCACUGCCGAAGAUAGCCAGUGGCAACCUUCAGCUGAGAGCCGAUCUUCUUCUCCAAUACGGAAGGCACGACUGCGACGCCGAUUAGGAAUUUGGUUGCCGUCAAGGAUCAGAAACCUUUCAUCUUCCCCACUCCUAUCCAUCUUCCCAUCCUUCGCCGGCAGCCUCCCGUCGAUAAACCCUAGCGAAAUCCUAUAAAAGAAGUGACCAUUAAAUCAUGCGGAGAGAGAGGGACCUACUGUUGGAGCAGGUCGAGAUACCCUAUAAAAGAACGCCUUUCAA